UUUUACGUCCAAAAUUUGUUUAUCAUUGUUCUAUAAUUUGAACACUUUUCUCCUCCAAUCAAAAUAAUUAACUUUUUAAUAUAAAAAGAAUCAAUUUUAGUGGGUGCAUUGUUAUUCGAUUCACUUUUGUCGUCGUCAUUGUCUUCGUCGUCUUCGUUGUUUUGUUCGGUUCUUCAGUUUUGCUUUGUCGGUUGUUUUUUAGAUUCUGAGUCAUUUCAUCAGAUUCUUGGUCAAUCUCGUACCUGUGUCUGACCCAAAAAAAAAUAAUUCUAAAGAGGCUUCAGCAACAUGGGAAAACGUAGAGUUCAGCGGAAGAAUUCGGCGAAGUUAGAUAGUGACGAUGAUAAUUGUAGUGUAAUUUCAUCAUCGACCGUUCGUUCCGAUCAAAUACCCCUUUCCGGUGCCGAAGGGGCAGUGUUCUAUAAGGAUAUUUUACUUGAUGAAGCAGUCGACGCUUUAUUCGAGAAGAGGGGUUCGACUAGAGAGAAGGCUUUGGAAGUGAUUAAUGCAGCAUUUAGUUUCAACUUGCAGAACCAAUUUGUGGAGAAUAAAUUUGCUACAAUACUUCAUCAGUGUCUGAAUUGUAUCAAGAAAGGGUCCAGCAAAGAGAUAGCUUUAGCAUCACGUUCUGUUGGUUUGUUGGCUUUAACUGUCGGUCCGGGAGAUAAUGCACACAAAAUAUUGAAAGAAUCGAUCGAUCCUCUUUCACAGGCUUUUAAAUCCUGCUCAGAAUCUUCUAAGAUCAUUUCGUUACUCAAUUGCCUGGCGGUCAUCACUUUUGUUGGGGGGAAUGAUCCUGAGGAAAUAGAAAAUUCAAUGCAAAUUAUGCAGCAAUUAGUUCACCCGAAAUUAAGUUCUAAUGUUAUUACUGUCAAACCAACUGCUGCUGUAAUAACAGCGGCUGUGUCUGCCUGGUCAUUUCUCUUGACAACCAUGGAUGGAUGGAGACUCAGUCCUAAACAGUGGCAAGAAUCAGUUACAUAUUUGUCUAGUUUGCUAGAUAAAGAUGACCGAUCGGUGCGAAUUGCUGCUGGUGAAGCACUGGCAUUGAUUUUUGAGAGAGGAAGCUUAGAGAAGUUUGCAUGUGAAGCUAAAGGUUCAUGUGAUGGUUCAGCUUCAGAAGGAAAUAAAUCAAAAGGAUUCUCACAUAUGCAUGGAUUGAAGGAAAAAAUUCUGAAUCAAGUCCGUGACCUCUCUGUGGAAGCUGGUGGUAAAGGUUCUUCCAAGAAAGAUCUUAAUAACCAGAGGAGUUUGUUUAAGGAUGUUUUGGAGUUCCUUGAGUAUGAUUUUUCUCCCGAGACAUCGAUGAAGAUCGGUGAGGAUACACUUCAUACAUCAACAUGGUCUAAGUUGAUUCAGUUGAACUUUUUGAAGCGCUUUCUCGGUGGAGGUUUCACUAAUCACGCUCAGAAUAAUGAAUUCGUUCAAGAUGUUUUUAGGUUCACACCGAAAAGACAGAAUCUUGUAGCCGAUGAACAUAUAUCCAACUUUGGAAAGAGAAUAUACAAAUCACCGAAUUCAGUUGUCAACAAGGCAAGAACUCAGCAAUUAAACAAGCAACGAAUGCUAUCCGAGGGUAGAAACUUCGGGCACUUUGCCAUCUGUGUAGGUUAUGAAGAUUUCUGAACUUGGCCUGUCCUGCUGCCUUUUGUUAGUUAUCAUACAUUGAUUUUGUAGAAAUCAAAAUUGUACAACUAACAAUCCGGCAGCCGUUUUGGGGUUACAUUGGAGAGUGCUGUUCUAGUUGGAU